GCCAAGACAUCAUGCGUCAAAGUCAAAACUAUUUGUGUAAUAACAAAAAGUUAUACCAAAAUCAAAGUGUUAUAAGAAUUCGCGUAAAUCAGUUUGUGAGAAAAAGAAGUGCUAAAGUUAAUGAAGAAAUUGAAAAAACUGUAUCAAGUUCAAGUUUUAAUAAUCUUCUCGUAGAAUAUAGGGAUAAAAUAAAAUUCAAUUCUUAUCUGGAAAGAGAGAAAUUAGAUUUAGGUUAUUACAGAUUUUACGUGAAAUCGUUAAAAAAAGCAGAGCAGAUUGCAGCUAAAAACUUUAAAGAAAAGUCAUUGCCGCCCCUACCCGUAUCAUUAAAGUAUAUCGAUAAUAAUAAAUUAUUGUGUGAUAAUAUUGAAGUGGAUGCUUCCACAGAAGAAAAAACAUUUCAACUCCCUUUCUCAAAUCUGACAAAUAUAAACAUUUCCCCAGAUAAUCAAGACACUACUAAACAAACUCGAAUCAAUUCAAAAAAUGAGUUAACAAAAGAUUUUGAUCGCUCAAAUAUAAAUAGAUGGAUGACCAAUUAUGAACAUUUUGAUGAUAGUAAACUGAAUGCCGUUGAAGACUUAGAGGAUGAUGACAUAGAUGGAUUAGAGUGGUGUAAGAACUACGGAACUCCCGACCCAAAGGUAGGCAUUAGUCGAGUGCCAUGUGGAGGCUGUGGGGCUCUGUUGCACUGCAGUGACCCUGCCAUACCAGGAUAUUUGCCCAGUGAGAUCAUUAAAGGCCGUACAGAUGAAGAUUUAAAAAACAUAGAGUGUCAACGAUGUCACUUCCUAAAAGAGUAUAACAUAGCAUUAGAUGUGACUGUACAGCCUGAGGAAUAUGAAAAUCUUCUACAAAAUAUUAGAAAUGUCAAAUCCUUAGUCCUGCUGAUGGUGGAUCUGCUGGACUUCCCAUGCUCCAUCUGGCCGGGUAUUGUUGACAUCAUUGGCACUCAGAGACCUCUCAUUGUUGUCGCUAACAAGGUUGAUCUCCUGCCUGGUGAUAGUGUGGGCUAUCUCAAGCGAGUCAAAGAAUGUCUUAUGAGGGAACUUAACAAAACAACAUUAAGCAAUGCCAACAUCAAACACAUCAGUCUUAUUUCUGCAAAGACGGGCUACGGAGUUGAGGAGUUGAUAUCAGCCAUGUUCAAACUAUGGAUGUAUAAGGGUGAUGUGUUCCUCGUGGGCUGCACCAACGUUGGCAAAAGUACGCUGUUCAAUGCCCUUCUGCAGUCUGAUUACUGCAAGGUACAUGCUGUGGAUAUUGUAAAAAGAGCUACUGUCAGCAGGUGGCCGGGGACUACAUUGAAUUUGUUGAAAUUUCCUAUAAAUAGACCUUCCGGAUGGAAAAUACAACAAAGAUAUCAGAGGUUAAAGGCUGAAGCUAAAGCUCUUAAACUUGAAAAUGAAAUAAGGAGGGGCCAAGUGAAAGGUAAAAUAUUUAAUGAAGCACCAUCACUGAUUGGUCACAUCGGAAGAACCUUUGCUAUGCCAUUGACAGAUGACAGCAUUGACCAAAAACAACCCAUUGACAUCCUGGAUGAUAAGCAUGAGCUAUUUGUUAACAGCAAAUGGUUCUAUGACACACCUGGUGUAAUACAUCCAGAUCAGGUGCUAUCUCUGCUGAGCACUGAAGAAUUAUUGAUGACAAUACCAAAGAGUAUAGUAAGACCUCAAACUUACUACCUGCAUCCGGGCUAUACUUUGUUCAUAGCCGGUCUGGCACGCAUGGACUUUGUAGAUUGCUCCGAGCCCUGUAGAUUCACCAUAUUCUGUUCGGAACACCUUCCAAUAACAGUUGUAAAGACUGAAGAUGCAGAUGAAUUGUAUGAGAAAUUUUUAGGUACAGAUUUAUUUGCCGUACCCACAGGUGGUACAGAAAGAAUAAAAAACUGGCCCGGUUUGAAAAUGGGAAAAGAUAUCCUGGAAUUUACAGGACAAGGACCAAAAUUGUGUUGCGGAGACAUAGUUUUGUCUUCAAUUGGAUGGAUUUCUAUAACUGGCAAGUACAAGUCAGUAUGUAAAGUUGCUGGCUGGACGCCCGGCGCACGAGGUAUAUACAAGCGGGAACCCUCACUGUUGCCUUACUCGAUCAAUUUGAAAGGCAAACGAAUCCGCGACACACCCGCUUACAAAGUAGGAAAGGUAUACUCUGAUGAAAAUAGUUAAUAGAUUUAUUUCAGGCAAAC